AUGGCAUUGUUCCGGACGACGAUCACCCAGUCGGAAAGGCUGCUGCCGCAAAGGAAGCUCGCCACCGAGCGACUCACGCCUCUGUCUUUGCUGGAUGCAACGUCGGUGGACUUCCUGGAUGCCUGCGCCGUCUGGCUCUUCGACUACCCCGGGCAAAGUCAGUCCGAUCAAUUCAACCUCUCCGAACAUUUGCGCCAGUCGCUGCGAAUCACGCUAGACGCAUAUCCGCAAUGGGCUGGCCUCUUGAGGAUUGUCAACACCGUCACCAGCACGGCAUCAUCGGAAGACGAGCAACUGCCGCCACAUGCUCGACGAUUUGGCCGAGUGCAUGUGUCGUAUGGGACGCCUCGGGAUCCCGGCAUUGACUUUGUCGUCGCAAGCAGCGACGCUACUCUGGAAACGCUCUGCCCCGCCUCUCGAACCACCUCUCAGCCUUUGUGGGAUCGCUCGAAGGCUCCCCUCGCAGAGUUCGUCUCUCAAACGCCGCUCCAGAAAUUACAGAAGCCUAUCGUUGCCGAUGAGGCCGGUGUUCUGCCGCCGGCGAUGGCCGUCCAGCUGACCACGCUGGCAUGCGGCGGGUUUGUUCUUUCUGUCAAGAGCGCGCAUCCGCUGGCCGAUGCGCACUCCUUGAUGCAUUUCGUUAAGGAUCUGGCGAGUGUCAGCCGGUCCCUGUUUUCGGGUUCGGAACUGCCCUCGUUGCAGCCGCACUUUCAACCCGACAUGCUGGACUCUUCGGCAGCCGGGGAUAUCAACGCCCCGACUGCCGAUCAGGCCAUCAUCCAACAGGCGCAUAGCUUGCCAUUUCACCGAUACGACUGGUGGACACAAACGCCCAACUGCGACCAACGUCCACGCAUCCCGGAGGCAUUUCAGAACGAGGAUUUGACUCCUGCGGGCAAGCCGAUCCCAUGGUUCGAAUGGAACCUCCAAGAGCCCGCCUCGGUCUACGAAGUGCAUCUGACCUCCGACCAAGUGGAGGUUCUUUGGCAGGAAGCCAAUGCAGAAACACCUGACACCUCCGCAACAUCAGCCGGGAGAAUCAGCCGGCACGACGCGGUCCUGGCGCAUAUCUGGUCCUGCGUCAAUCGCGCCCGGCAGUUGGACCAAGAUCCCGGGCCAGUCCACUGCGAUCUCACGUAUGGGCAGCGGCCCGUUCUCCAACUCGGCGAACAUUUCAUAGGAUCCCCCACCGGCAUGAUGAACAUCGAGAUGACGGGACACGAGGCGACGGCCAGUACGAGCGAACCAGGCUCGCUGCGGCGCAUCGCCCAGCGCAUUCGCGAAACCAUCGGUCAGGUGAGCCGCCCCGACGCGGUGGCGGCGCACCUGCACAGCCUGGCAUAUGAGAAAUCCCCACAGCGCAUCUGGCAAGGAUUCCUGGGCCGACGCCAUUUCAUGGUCACGCCCUGGGCGCGCGCCGGACUCUACGAGAUUGAUCUUGGCCUGGGAGGCGGAGUCCGCUACGCCGACGGGAUACUUUCCGCCAUGGACGGGCUCGCUCUGAUCAAAGAGGCGCCUCCCUCUGCGCGCGGGGCGUCAUCCAAGAGUCGGUCUUGGACUGCGAGUGGAGUGGAUGUGGUCAUUGGCCUACGCACCGAGGAUAUGGAUAGGUUUCUUGGAGAUCCACAGCUGUUGCCAGAGCAAACCCCGAACGAAGCCCCCCGGUCAAGCUUGUGAUGACCCAAACACAGUCCCAGCCACACCGGGCGUCGACCGAAGCAAAUCCAGACCCAAAGCCAAAGGCUAUCCAAACCCCGAUCCGAUCCCCGAAUAUACUUGCCGACGGUGCCUUGGCUUAACUAUACUGAUCGAGAGUCUGAGCUUGCCCGCGCCUGACUGACUGACUGGGUGCCAUCCGGACAAGCGCUCCGUGCCGGUUGUCCUGCCUGUCGAGGGUGUCGUGACUUCGUUGUUUGAGGUGGUAAGCUUAUUUUCGUCGCUGGUUUGAUGGGGUGGGUUCCUUGGGUUUAGUAUUCUAGUUGUAUAGAUCGGGAUUUGGGUGUGG